CACUGAUGAUGGGUACUGAUAGACGGCACUGACUGGCAUCACUGCUGGGCACUAACUGGCGGCACUGACUGGCACAACCGCUGGGCACUGACUGAUGGCACUGACUGGCAGCACUGGUGGGCAGCACUGGUGGGUGGGCACAGGUGGGUGGCACUGGUGGGCACAGGUGGGUGGCACUGGUGAGCACAGGUGGGUGGGCACAGGUGGGUGGCACUGCUGGGCACAGGUAGGUGGCACUUCUGGGCACAGGUGUGCGACACUGCAGAGUGGCACAGGUGGGUGCACUGCUGGGCACAGGUGGGCAGAGCUAGUGGGCGCACUGCUGGGCACAGGUGGGCGGAACUUGUGGGUGGCACUGCUGGGCACCGAUCAUCAGGGCACUGAUCAUCAGUGCCCUGAUGAUCGGUGCCGAUCCUCGCUCUGACAACUGCCGGUUCUCGGCAGUACUUUCCUCACGAUCGGACAGCGUGAGGAAACGUGUCAUUGGACACCGCUGAUCAC